AUGAAUGGCGGUAAGAUUCUGAUUUCGCGAAUUCCAAGUAGGGCCUCGUUCCGCGAGCCGUUGACGAACCCCGACAUCCCCCUCGGCGGCCACUGCUCGCUGCACGCGGGCUUUCAGCAGUCGGCGCGAAACCCGAGGACCGCGCGCUCCACGGUCAGCAACCACCGCCGUCGCCCGUCGCGCACCCUCAGCCACAGCACGCCGACGAGCCCGAUGCGCAAGAAGCUCCCCUACCACGAUCGCAAGACGCGCCGCGAGAUUCGCCGGGAGAACCAGCAGCUCAAGCUGAACCCGCCCACCUCCGCGCCGCCCAACGACCAGGUGGUGAUCCAGAUGCGCAAGUCGCAGUUGAGCAGCCUGCUCGACCGGCUGGCCGCCGACGACGACGACACGCUCGUCUCGAUCUUUGUGGACAAGGACAAAGUGCUGACCCGCCAACAGUACACGGCCAUGAAGAAGAAGAACCCGCCCGGCUUCUUC